CAACACAACAGGAUGGGUUUUUACAAAGUUGCAGCGGUAGAUGUGAACAAAUAAAAACCUCAGGGAAUUUAGAAAUGGAUUAAACGUACUCCAAGUUUGGACUGGAGGGACCAAACGUGAUAGUCAUCAAUGUUUCGCAGGAGCGAAGAAGAUCUUGUAAAAGAUGUGGUCAGUUUAAGAAAUCAGUUAAGGCAAACGGAGUUCAGUUUGCUGUCUUUGGGGGAACAGCUAAGUGGCAGCAGCAGCGAGCACUCGGACCACAGUCCCGGGCGUGUUCCACCAGGUGGAUUGACACUUGAAGACCUGCAUCGACCCGAUGUCACACAGCUACCGUCAAUUAGCCCCAUUCUGCCAGAAACCUCUGUUAGGAUAGCCACCGGCAAUGUGACCCACACUGACUACAGGCCACCGUCAGGCACAGGGACUGAGAACUCCCAGCUCAGGAAGACACUUGGAAGCGUCAGGGAGGAAAACUCCUGUCUGGUUCUGGAGAACCAGAAGCUGGUUACUGAACUAGAGGCGGUGCAGUUUGAGCUCGCCAGCUCCUAUGCCAAGGUCACAGGCACCACAGCUGAUCCAAAGCCCCUCAACCUGUCUGUGAUGAAGGAACAUAUCCAGAGCCUGGAGGAAGCCCACGCCACUGCAAUGAGGGCGUCUGAGCAGAAGCUGGAGGAGACGCAGCAGUGUGCGCUCUCAAACAGCCGGAUGGUGUCCAAGCUGAAGCAGGAGCUCAAGACUGUCCAGGCUGACUUGGCACAGAGAAUCAGUCAAGGGAAAAGAACGGAGCAGCAGAGGAAUGAAGCCCUGCGAAAUGCGGAGAAGUUGACCAUGGCCUUCAAGGAAUACAAAGGAAACAUCUCUGAGAAAAUGACCAAGGUCAUGGAGAACGAGCUGAAGCUGAAGGAGAGUCUGAUUGAGUGUGACAGGGAGAAGGAGGAGCUGGAGACCAGGUGCUCUAAGCUGGAGCGCGAGAGGGCCGAGAUGGUUCGGAUGAUCCGGCAGCUGAAGGAAGACUCCAGCAAGGCCCAGACACUGAGCGGGGAGAUGGCGGAUCUCCGCUCGCACGUGGAGAGCUCCUCUGGCGAGGUCUCCAGGCUGCAGCGGGAGCUGGCGGAGGCCAAGGCGGCGGCGGAGGCGCUGAGGAGGGAGAACGGGGAGCUGCGCUCCUUCUCCUCCUCCCAGGAGCAGAGGCUGGCCCUCUGCCUGCACGAGGGGGAGCAGACCCGAGCCGAGCUGGCCGGCCUGGAGGCCAUCCUCAACCUGCUCCACCUCCGAGAGGGCGGGGGCGUCCUGUGUGUGCAGCCCUGCAUCCUCCCCCAGGUGUCCGUAUCGGCGUACAGCGACCUCCGCAACACUAAACCAGGUGAGCGCUACGCCCAGCUGCUGCCUGUUCUGCAGGCCCUGGAGCAGGACAGGAGCAGGCAGGCCUGCCUGGCGUCGGGCCUGCAGGAGCAGCUGCGCGGGGCCCAGGAGGAGCUCUCCGCCCUGCAGAGCAGCAUGGCCCAGAGGACCAGCCACUUCCAGCACAUCCACAGCGAGCUGCUGGACAAGGCCGGAGAGGCCACGCGGCUGGACCGGGAGCUGAGAAAGAAGAGUGCCCGGGUGGGAGCCCUGGAGAAGCAGCUGCAGGAGAAGGCUGCGGCCUAUUCAGCCUCUGCUGUGAAGAACUGUGAGCUGGAGCAGAUCCUGCUGGAUAAGGACUGCAGUCUCCAGCACGCUGAGGCCCUCUUGAGCAGAAAGCAGAAGGAUUUCCAGCUGGCUUUGGAGAAGGCCAAGAAGGCCUACGCAGAGAAGAGCAGGCAGUUCCAGGAACAAAUGGGGCAGCUGCAGCAGACUCUGGACCAGAAGAAGGCCCAGGUGCAGGAGCUGGAGAGGAGGCUGUCUGUCACUCAGAAAGAGAGGCAGGUGGAGGUGCAGAAAGCUGAGCAGCUGCAGGCCUCCCUGGCCCAGGUCACACAGGAGAAAGAGCUGAACGCCGGGCAAAAUGAGGAGACGGUGAGGAGUUUGAAAGAGCAGGCAGCAGAUUCUGCAGCGUCGGUCAGGGAUCUGGAGACGGCUCUGAUGUCGUGCCGGGAUGAACUGAACACCUACCUGCUCAAAAUGGAGGAGACCAAGACCCUGUUUCAGAAGCAGCUGGAGUUCAAGUCCGCUGAGGUGGAGACCCUGCAGGCAGAGUUGAAGAACAACGCCCAGGCUUCCAAAACGUCCAGUAAAUAUCUGGCCCAGCUGCAGUUCAGCCUCCAGCAGCAGGAGGCGAUGUUGCAGGAGAGCAGCGCCCGAGUGUCUGAGCUGGAGGAGAGCCAGGCCCUGCUACAGAGACGGGUGUCCCAGCUGGAGAAGGACCUGGAGGUGGAGCGGACUGGUGCCUCCCAGGAGCUGAGGAGGAGGGACCAGCGGGAGCAGGAGGCCAACCAGGAGGUGCAGAUGAAGGAGAGGGAGGUGGUCAAACUCACUAGCUCACUCACGCAGCUGACGGCAGAGAUGAGCCAGUGCCGGGGCAAGCUGACGGAGAUGGAGCUGGAGCUCCUGCGUCUGCGCAGGGACAGCAGCAGCAAGGCCGCCCAGCUCAGCCAGAUGAAGGAGAGCCUGGAGGAGACCCAGAGCAUGCUGGAGAAGAAGUCUGAGAUGGUGCUGGACCUGGAGGAGCAGCUGCACCGCAGCGAGACGGACCGGCGGAGCUCGCUGCAGCGGGCCCAGCUCCUGGAGGGCCAGCUGCAGACGGUGCGCGGGGAGCUGGCCGGCACGAUGGACCACCUGCAGGAGCUGCGCGGCCUGCUGCAGCGCACACAGCUCACCGUGGAGGAGCGCGACUCCGCCCUCCAGAAGCUGGCCGAAGAGCUCAGGGAGAGUCAGAGGGAGCUGGAGGAGCGUAACCACGAGGUUUUGGACAUGGAGGUUACCACUAAGGAGAGGCAAGAGGAACUGCAGAAGAGAGCGCAGCAGCUCAGCCAGCUGGACGUGGCGAUCCAGGACCACAAGCUGGAGCAGGAGCGCAAGGUGCUCCACCUGCAGAGGGCGCUGGAGAGGUCUGAACAGGAGGUCCAGGAGCGGCAGAAGCAGGUGGACUUCCUCAGUGAGCGGUUGGAGAUGGUGAGGUCACAGCUGAGUGUGAAGGAGAACCUGGAGAAGGACGCUCUGGAGCAGGGCCAGCAGCUGCGUCUGUGUCGUGAGCAGCUGCAGAGGUCUGCGCAGGAGCAGAGGGAUCUGCGCAGUCGCUGUGAGACUCUGGCCCGGGAGCUGGACUGCAGCACCCAGCUCACCCACGAGAGGGAGGCGCGGGCGAAGCAGCAGGUGCAGGAGCUGGCAGCGAUGGAGGCCCAGGCGGUGCAGAGGGAGGCCGCACUGCAGGUCACAGUCACCUCCCUGCAGAAGGAGCUGGAGCGACUGAAGGAGGCGCACCACGUGGAGACGUCCAGCCUGCAGCAGACCCGGGCCCACCUGCUGAAGCUGUCGGAGCAGGGCCGGAGCUCCCAGGAGCAGCGGGCCGAGCAGCUGGUGGAGAAGCUGCAGUGGGUGAGGGCGGAGCUGGAGGAGGCGCAGGCCAGAGCAGACGGCCUGCAGGAGGAGCUGCGGUCCCGCCAGGAGGAGCUGCAGAGCGCCAGCGAAGCCCUGAUCAUCAAGGAGUCAGAGGUCACGCGUCUGCAGGCCAAGAUCUCCAGCUACGAGCGCAAGGCGGACCUCCAGAACGCGUCUCUGCUGUGCGAGUCUGCGUUCCAGCCCCCUGCGCCGCUGCCCUCCCGCCAGGAGGAGGCGCCCUUCUCCGACUGGGCGGACGAGGAGUCGCUGGGCCUCCCUCCGAGCGUGAGGGCCUGCCUGAGGGAGCACAGCUGGCAGGGCCUGAGCCGGCUGGACACCUCCUCGUCCUCCGAGCUGUCCUUCAACCCGCUGACGUACGCGGCCAGCGAGGACACCCUGCUGGGGCCCCCCGGGCCCCCCGGCCUCCCCGGCCCGGAGGACACCUUCACCAGCAUGCUCCAGUUCCUCAGCCGCACCGCGGCCGCCCAGGACAGCGCCCCCUCCUGGCUGGGCAGCUGCAGCACACUGUCUUCUGAGUGCCUGAAGGGCCCCAAAGAAGCACACCGCAGUUCUACAGGGGAUGUCUAACCGAACACCCGUGUGUGGGCGAAAUAACCAUUCAAUGGGGCCAACGUGGUAACAUUUCAAGGACACUUUCUUUUUUUUCUUUUUUUUUUUCUUUUUUUUUUUUUUGCACUACCUCACUGGUCUGACCUUCUCUACUGUGUACUAAACAACUCCAGUAUCGUUGUGCAUCAUCUGAACUGAAAUUGCUGAACGGAACAGCUACAAAAACUGCAUUUUCUACUGAACUCUUUCUUUUGAAGUGUCAAUUAUUUGACUAAGUUGCAUAUAUAUGCGUGCGUGUGUGUGUGUGUGUGUGUUAGAGAAAUGCUGAAUAUGAUUUUAUACCCUGCAAGUCUUCUGUGUAGGCAAUGUCACUGUUGUCAACGCCAACUGUCUUGAAUUUUGGUUGAAUCCAAACCUUUCAUGACCAUUUAUGGCAGUCAUUACCUUCAGCUUGCAAUAUGGCCUAUCAAGUGUAGCAUUCUGUAGUAGUUGACAUGUUUGUAA